UGGCAGGGGCCAGAGAGCGGCCGGCAUGGGCCCUGAGCUGCCUGCGCCUUGGCUGCUGCUCUUCACCGGGCUCCCAGCAGGGUGCCUGUCCUUGCUGGUGACGGUCCAGCACACAGAGCGCUAUGUCACACUGUUUGCCUCCAUCGUCCUUAAAUGUGACUACACCACCUCCGCCCAGCUCCAGGAUGUCGUGGUGACGUGGCGCUUCAAGUCCUUCUGCAAGGACCCCAUCUUUGACUACUACUCUGCAUCAUACCAGGCGGCUUUAUCCCUGGGCCAGGACCCAUCCAAUGACUGCAACGACAGUCAGCGGGAGGUUCGCAUCGUGGCUCAGAGGCGGGGGCAGAAUGAGCCCGUGCUGGGGGUGGAUUACCGGCAGCGCAAGAUCACCAUCCAGAACCGAGCAGAUCUGGUGAUUAAUGAAGUGAUGUGGUGGGACCAUGGAGUGUAUUAUUGCACCAUUGAGGCUCCCGGGGACACGUCAGGAGACCCAGAUAAGGAGGUGAAGCUCAUUGUCCUGCACUGGCUGACAGUGAUCUUCAUCAUUCUGGGAGCCCUCCUCCUGCUCCUGCUGAUCGGGGUGUGCUGGUGCCAGAGCUGUCCUCAGCAUUGCUGCUGCUACAUCCGCUGCCCCUGCUGCCCUGCCCGCUGCUGCUGCCCCGAGGAAGCCCUGGCCCGCCACCGCUACCUGAAGCAGGCUCGGGCCUUAGGCCCUCAGAUGAUGGAAAAACCCCUAUACUGGGGGGCGGACAGGAGCUCCCAGGUUUCAUCUUAUCCAAUGAACCCGCUGCUGCAGCGAGAUUUGUCCCUGCGAUCCAGCCUCCCACAGAUGCCAAUGACCCAGACCGCCGCUCACCCUCCCAUCGCCAAUGGUGUCUUAGAGUAUUUGGAGAAAGAGCUGCAGAACCUCAAUCCAGCCCAGCCUCUGCCCCCUGACCUUAAAGCCAUAUCUGGCCAAGCCUGCAGCAUGCUGUCCUCCCUGGGCUCUGAGGUUGUGGAGCGCAGAAUCAUCCACCUGCCCCCACUGAUCAGAGACCUGCCGUCCUCACAGAGGACCGGCAACUCCUCCCGCCAGGAGUGGCUCACCGCAAUUCCCCCUGGACCCUGGGAUCCGAGGGAGGGGAGAAGGCAGGCCCACUACUCUGAUUUCCACCAGGAGCUUCAGGACCGGGAGCCUAAGCGCUGGGCAUUGGAGGGACGGGAGCUGAACCGACUUCAGAGGGGAAGGCACCACCGCUCCCGGCUGCACGGGUCACCCGCGCCCUGGUCAGACAGGGACAGCCUCAGUGACGGCCCCUCAUCAAGCGAGGCCCGCUGGCGGCCCGACCACGCACCUCUCCGGAGCCGCUAUCCAGACCGACCCCGCAGGCCCAGCCCCCGGGAGAAUGCCCAGAGGCACCCGCGGCGCAGGCACCGCAGCUAUUCCCCUCCCUUGCCUUCUGGCCUCAGUUCCUGGAGCUCUGAGGAGGAUGAGAAGGAGAGGCGGCCCCAGAGCUGGGGAACCCACCGCCGCCGCAGCUCAUACUCCUCAAACUGGCCUGAGGAGAAGCCACCCAGCUACCGGUCACUGGAUGUCAUGCCAGGCAAGAAUGGCAGGAAGAAAGGGAGUGUGGAGAGGCGCUCGGAGAGAGGCAGCUCCCAUAGUGGAAGGAGUGUGGUCAUUUAGCCACCGGGUACAGCACUACUUCUUUGGCUACUUCUCAGCUCCCUUGCAUCAUCAGCAUCUCCCAGAUUUCCAGCUGACUUGGGAGGGACACUGCAAGUCCCUAUCUUACAGUUUUGGCUUAGAUUCUGAGAACAAAAUAGAAAAAUAUUAAAAACAAGAGUUGGAGGACUUAAUGACUGUCAUGUUAGCCUUGGCUCACACUCUAUACAUUUAGAGUAUCUGACUUGUAAUGGACCCUAACUGGUAUGUGACCUCUCAGGAACUUAGUAGCCUGAGUCUUCAACUAGGUGACAGAGCUCAGAACUAUGGCCAUUCUCAAAGUGAGAACUCAGGAAUCUUUAAGAAGAAAUCAAACAUGUUUCAGGUGCAGGAAAUUUAUUGAAUGUGGAAACUUCCAUGGGAACUUGUCUCUAUCUCUAUAGCAUAUCUCCAUUUUAGGAGUCCACCUUGCUGCACCCAUUCCCAGUCCUGAGUGCUCCUGAGGGUCAAGUCAGAGACGGCACAGGAAAUAGUCCAGCAAUGUACUCUCUCAUAGGUUAUUUAUGCAAGUGUAGAAAAUCACUAAGAAGCAGUUUUGCACCAAACUUAUGCCUGUCCCUUGUUUUCUUCUUGCUCUUUUUUUUUUUUUUGCCUACAUCUAAUUUAUAUAUCCUUAUAUAUUAUGUAUCCAUUAAAAUCACUUUAAAUGCUUCUUGAGAACAACACAGUAUGUAAAUAAAUUAGAAAGGAAAUGUACUGGUUUAAGGAUUCU